AUGCAGUCAUUCAGCGCAUUGAAGAGCGCGUGGCUGCUUGGACCUUCCUCCCCAUCGACCGGCUUGUCCCGCCCUCAUUCCUCCCUCGCUCCCUCCCUCCCUCCCUCCUUCCCUCGCUCUCUCCGUCCCUCCCUCACUCCCUCCCUCCCUCCCUCCCUUCCUCCCUCCCUCCCUCCCUCCCUCCCUCCCUCCCUCCCUCCCUCCCUCCCUCCCUCCCUCCCUCCCUCCCUCCCUCCCUCCCUCCCUCCCUCCCUCCCUCCGUCCCUCCGUCCCUCCCUCCCUCCCUCCCUCCCUCCCUCCCUUCCUCCUUCCCUCCGUGCUUGUGGGUUUCCUCCUUCUACACACACAGAGAACCAGGAGGCGAUGCAAGUGCUGAGGUACAGGGACGGGCAGGAGUACGGGGCACACUGGGACUACAUCGAUCCCACCAGGGCAGCUGCCUCCCCUUCUCUGUGGGUUCCCUCCUUCUACUCCCGCACUCAGAGAACCAGGAGGCAAUGCAAAGAACCAGGAGGCGAUGCAAAGAACCAGGAGGCGAUGCAAGUGCUGAGGUACAGGGACGGGCAGGAGUACGGGGCUCACUGGGACUACAUCGAUCCUGCCAAGGCACCCACCCCGGGGGGCCCUCGCUACGCCACAGUGCUCAUGUACCUCUCGAAUGUGGAGAUGGGCGGCGAGACUGCCUUCCCUGAGUCCGAGCCAAACCAAGGAAGGGCGAUGCGUUGCUCUUCUUCUCGCUCCACCCCAACACUUCCUUCGAUCGCGCCUCCCUCCACGCGGGCUGCCCCGUGCUGGCCGGGGAGAAGUGGUCCGCCACCAAGUGGAUCCACGUGGGGUCUGAUUCUUCCUCCCUCCCCGCUUCUUCCGCCUAUCCUCCGUCCUCUUCUCCUGUCUGCAGCGAAGCCAAGAAAGGGAGAUGCACUCCUUUUCUUCUCCCUGCACCCCAACACCUCCUUCGAUCGAUCCUCCCUCCAUGCGGGCUGCCCCGUGCUGGCCGGGGAGAAGUGGUCCGCCACCAAGUGGAUCCACGUGGGGGCCUUCGACCUGCCGCCCCGCGACCCGUCUUUGUGUGCGGACGACAACGAGAAUUGCCAGCACUGGGCGAGCAUUGGGGAGUGCGAGCGGAACAAGGCGUACAUGGUUGGAGGGGGGGGGGCAGGGCCGGAGAGCCUUGGUUAUUGCAGGAAGAGCUGUGGGGUGUGCACGUAG